AUGGCUUCUAGAGUGGACGAAACUACAGUCCCCUCAUACUACUAUUACGUGGAUCCGGAAACUACAUAUACGUACCAACAACCAAAUCCUCUACAGGACUUGAUAUCGGUGUAUGGCUUGGAUGACAUCUCCAGGCAAGUGGCAAGAACAAAUUUGGACGGCACUAAAGCCGUGAAGCUAAGAAAAUCUUACAAGAACCAGAUAGCAGAUCUUUCAGGUAAAUUCUCCACCAUACCGACCAGAGAAAAUGGUAAAGGUGGUCAAAUAGCACAUAUUCUUUUCCAAAAUAACCCAGACAUGAUGAUACAACCACCUCAGCAGGGUCAAAACAUGUCAGAGCAACAAUGGCGCGAACAGCUGCGCAAUAGAGACAUAGCAUUGUUUCAGCCUCCAAAUUUCGAUUGGGACCUUUGCUCUUCGGUACUAUCGCAGUUUGAAAGGUCAUAUCCAAGCGAGUUCGCAAACCAGAACCAAGGGGGAGCCCAAGCGCCGUUUGAUAUAGACGACUUGGCGUUUGAUCUAGACGGUACAGGAAAAAGCCAAUCCGGCUCAAAUUCAGGUAACAAUAGUAAGAAAAGGAAGAACAAAUCUAGUGGAAGUUCGAUGGCUACACCAACACAUAGUGACAGUCAUGAGGAUAUGAAAAGAAGGAGGCUGGAGUAG